AUGAGUUCUGGGGAUCUCCAACAACUCUCAGAACGAGUGGCCUUGUUGGAGUUGCAACUUGCUGAUUUGACAUCAGCCUUCAACCAGUUUCGGUUGAAUUCCAGACAGCCUUCCAGAAGUACUUCAGAGUUUCAUCUGGUCACAUCUCCUAGCAGAGACGGCGCCGGCUCAGUGGGAGCAGGUUCCGUGGCUUCGUCUGGCUACAACGUCCUGGCUGAAGAGAUCCCUACGUUGCCCGAUUUUGCUGCUAGGCUGUGUUCUAACCUCACUGGUGGAUCUUUGUGUGGGCGUGAAAGAGCACGGAGAGCGUGGGAGUCAGGUUGGUGGGCACGGUUUUGCUUGGAGGGAAGGCUGCAGAAGCCCCGUCCAUCAAAGCCCUGUGAUCUGGCCAACUCUUGCUACGUGGUGUUGCGAGCUGAAGGCUACGACUGCCCUUUGCUUGUCACCCGGGCAGCUGACUACAGAGCCAUUGUCAAGGAGUUCAAAGGAGACUCCCUAUCACACGGCUUCGCUUCACAAUCAGAAGCCAAGGUGUAUUGCCUGGGAGCAGGCGUGGAAGAGGCCUAUGUCCUCUUUUGGCCCCCAGAUGCUGCAAGUUUCGAAGAGGCUAUGGCAAGUUUGGCAGUGGUGAUUAUGAAGCGGGUUGGAGGCCUGCUGUUGGCGGUCCCUGUGGGAUUCAUUCCUUUGGAAGAGCUCCAAGGUGCUGCUACGACAGAGGAGGACAGUCUCAUAGGUCCGUUCACUACGUUGUCAGUUCCCGCAGUUCACAUGGAAGAGGGCGGCCCUACGCCCUAUGGUUCAGACAUAGAAGUGCAGGUGGUAGAUUUUGCAGACCGAGUCACACAUGGCUUAGUCAAGUUUUCAGAUGCGCAGGUUGCAGAAGAGCUUGUGGUGGGAUUCACGGACGAGUCCGCGGUGGUGCCAGAUCCAACCACCCUCCUGAGGUACGCCAUGGAGUGGGCUGCUGCUUCGGCCGCCCAGAGGGCCAACUUCUACUCUGCGGACGAGGGCGCGCCAGAGGGACAGCCCCCAAAGCAGGCCGCCAAGGCAAAGGCUGCCAAGGCGAAGAGGCCGUCUACAGCUCAGGUCACAGCAGAGCACAUCUCAAGAAUGGCUUCGCUGCUUCCAGCUAUGGCGGCCCAGCUGACCGAACUGCAGCAGAACCAGAUAUCACUACAGCAACAGAUGGAUCUGCAAGCUGGCCAGCCCCAGCCUCGGCCAAGUCAGAUGCCUGUUUCAAUGAGCCCCCAGCAGUUUGCAGGGAUCGUUGGUGCUCCUCCCAAGACCAAAGGCUUGGCGCUAUCUCAUCCUCCUCCUCCUCCUUCAAAGCGAGUGGGGUUGCAGUUGGACUCUCCGCUGACAGUUCAAGAGCAGGCAGAGGAAGGGGUACCAGAAGUAGAUAUGUCUCCUUUGGCGCUGGCGAUGCUGGAGCAGAGCAGAGCGCUCACAGCGAUUAUGGCCCACCUCGCUCAAGGGGAUCCCCUCCUGGACACCCAUGCUUCAGGGACUUCCACAUCGUCCAGGGGGGCCCAAGGAAGAGAAAAGCUGCAAAGAGAGCUAUCAGAUCGGACAGGGAGUUUCUUUUUGACCGUGAUGCAAAACAUGUUCAAGAGAAUGAAGCCGGCUUCAUCCGUCCCCAAGACAAUCGAAGAGCUGGCGAGCACAGACCUGUCAAUGGUCCACUAUCUAGAGCGUUUUGGAGGAUACGGCAAUGUGCGAGACAUGGGCAUCUGCCAAUAUGCACUCAGCUUUGUGGUGGACCUAGCUCUCAAGGGCGAUCUUCAGGGCCUCAGAGAGCAUCUGGCUCUGUUGGUGGUGGCGAUCGAGCAGUAUGCUCAGGACGGGAAGUGGGACUUAGGUUUCAUGCUGACGCUGCUGGAAGACCCACCGCCCCAGAUGUGGAGCUAUCGGAACCCUGUUGGAGCUCAGACAGGGAGGCUGCGGGCAUUUGCUCCGCUUUGCCCGCAGCGCUGGGCCACUAUUCAGCUGGCCUACCUGAAGGAGAUAGAUUUCAUCCACAACAGGCGGCAGGAGACAACAAAGAAGGAGGCACCACACCAGCCUUCUCAGCCUGGGCCAAAGAGGGGCAUUUCGGCGUCUGGCGGCUUUGAUUCUGGGAAGCUGGAGGAGGACUAUGGGAGAAAUUCAGGGGCCUUUUGCAGUGAUCACAAAGAUGAGCCUCGGUCCCUUGAUGCAUGGGUCAAAGCUCUGGUGAAGGCAUUUUUGAAGUCAGACACAAAGUUUGCACUGAUUGAGGCACUUGUCAGAGCAGGCGGCCCGACAGGGAUUUUCUCAGCCCUGGGUUGUGGUCGCAAGAGUUUUCAAUUAGAUGCAAGACUGGAUGAACUUUUGGAGGCCCUGCGAAGUCUGGGCCUAGGAGAUGGGUCAAGGUAUUGCCGUGAGACUGGAGCUGUCGAUGUCCCGGUUGUCAACGACAAAGAUGAGCUGAGGCCAUACCGGGCACUGGAUCCCUCAAGGCUUAAGCUUACUGGUGAGGCUCAGUGGGAUUGCAGGGCAUUUUUGUCUGACCUGCUCUUCAUGCCCUUUGUGGAACCCCUCAUCAAUACGUUUGACGUCGAGCCUCCCUUGGAAUUUUGCCCUGAUUUUUCUACAAUUUCAGAGGAUUUGGUGGUUGAUCUGUGCAAAGUUUGGGAUGUUAGAGGGCUGCUGAAGAUAUUCCCCCGGUCCUUCGGGCCUGAAACUGAAGUGGGAUGCACAAAGGUCUUCAACAAUUUCAAGUCAGCAUCUACCGAUCGUCAGAUUGGUGACCGCCGCUCCCAAAACUUCAGGGAAGGCAGGAUUCAGGGACCCUCAGCAAGUUUGCCUACUGGGUCUGCCUUGCUUGCACUAGCUCCUUUGCGUUAUUGUGAGCAGCUAAUUGGAUGUGUGGCCGAUAGACGAGACUUCUAUCACCAGUUUCAAGUUACUGAUGAGAGGGCGGUCACAAAUUGCUUGUAUCCUACAGUCCCUCUUGCAAAGCUGAUAGAGACUAGGGCUGCAGCAGUUUUCCAUCAGCAGUUUGUUGCGAACAAGAAGGCGAAGAGCCGGGAAGAGCAUGGUGACUUUCUGCAUGGCCCCCCCGUUUCUCUCUGGGCUGAUGAAGGAGCAAAGGUUUGUGUGGCAUUUGCUUCAAUUUUCCAAGGUGAUCACCUUGGGGUAGAAAUAGCCACAGAUGCUCAUUCAAGGUUGCUGGCUGAACAUGGGCUGCUCAAUCACGGUUCAAGAUUGCUGUCUGGUGGUGCCAUUUGGGAGAAACGCCUUGGGCUGGGGCUGGUCAGUGCGCUGGUUGCGCAGAGCCGUCGAACAUCGGAUGCUUUGCAUGCUACUUUGGUGGGCUCAUGGAUUUCAGUGCUCACUUUUAGACGUCCAGCAAUGGCAUUGGUCAAUGAGCUUUUCAAGGUUGUUCACCCUAGCAUGCUUGAUACGGCACAGCCUGUCUUGCAUAGGCUGUCGCAUGAUGCUGCAGAGGAGCUCCAGCUUUUGGCAGCCCUGGCACCAGUUUUGGCUUCGAAUGUGGCUUUACCGUUUUCACCCACAGUCUAUGCAACUGAUGCCUCUUCAUUGAAGGGAGGCAUAGCGGAAGCCAAUGUCCCUGAAGAACUGGCAAAGAUCCUUUGGCGCACUGCUGAUCAUAAAGGAGCUAAUUUGCCCUUGCUGUCAAAACCAGCAGCAGUCCUCUAUGAGCAUGACAGAGACUAUGAGCCUGAUUUUUCUGAAUAUCAGGACAAGCCUGAGGCCAGCGAUGCGCAGCAUGCAGCCAUUCCCAGACCUAUUGGCCUGAGGUUUCAGUUCCUGGAGAUUUGUGGAGGUGCAGGGAAGGUCACGCAGAAGUUGGUUAAGCUUUCAGUUGUUUGUGGACCGGUUUUUGAUUUGAGCCACUCCAAGCACUUCAAUUUGGCUGAUAGCAGGGUCUUGCAAUGGAUCAUCUUCAUGCUCGAGUCAGAUCGGCUAGACAGUUUUCUUGUGUCUCCUCCAUGCACUACAUUCUCCCCUGCUGCCCCUCCUUGCGUGAGGUCUUAUAAGAUACCGAGGGGCUUCAAACAAGAUCUCUUCAAAGUUUGGCUGGGAAACAAGCUGGCGUUUGCGGCUAUCACCUUGCUUUUUGUUGCGCUGCGGCUUCACAAGCUUGGCAUGGGAGAGCAGCCCAGGAGGAGCAAGAUGAGAUGGUUAGCUGAGUGGUUGCGCCUCCUUGCCAUGGGGGCUGAAGAAAGUUUUGUGGCGUCGUGCUAUUUUGGUAGCCCUCACCAGAAGGAGUUUUGCUUUGUGGGGGUUCACAUGCACAUGAGGCUUUUGUCAAGGAGGUGCACAAGGGAUCAUCAGCAUGUGGUCAUCCAGGGCCGAUACACAAAGCCCUCUGCCACCUAUACGGACCAGUUGGCGGAGCAUUUGGCCCAGUUCUUUUAUGACCAUUUGACAGCUGUGCAAAGGACUCGCAGACGCCUGGACCUUGAUGUAGGUGGCCUCGAAUCUGUUCUGUCCAAUGAUGUUUUACAGGGCUUGCAGUGGGAAGCAAAAGACUCAUGGAAGUGGAAAGGAGCUUCUCACAUCAACUUGCUUGAAACAUCUGCAACGCUGAAGCUGUAUAGAUGCCUAGCACUUGAAGGUGGUGACAGCAGAUUUGUGUACUUCGGUGAUUCACACGUGUCACGGAGUGCAUUGGCAAGAGGGCGUACCUCUUCACUUGCCCUUCGCCCAAUGCUCAAGCGGGCGGCAGUUCUUUGCUUGGGUUUUGGACUUUACCCUGCUGGAAGGUUUGCACCAACAAGAUUGAAUCCCGCAGAUGCACCCUCCAGAGAUGGGGAGAUUGAAGAGGACUCCGAGUGGACGAUGGACUUCGAUUCCACCCUGGGUUUCCCUGGAGAGGGACCACAGCCGUUUGGAUUUUCACUCUUUUGGAUUUUCCUUUUCACUAGUUGGUUGAGUUGUGCCACUGUGGGGAAUCCUAGGGGCGCUAGCCAUGGCGAUGCUGCGCGCAUGAAAGCCCGUGCGGGCGUGAUUCUGGAGGAUGGGCGAAAGGUCACGCAGACCACCAAUCUGACGCGGGAAAAGCUGUUUGAGAAGUUCUGCUCAUGGUUGUUGGAAAGGGGUCUCAGCAUAGAGCAGCUGUUAUUCACGAAUGCAGUUGACAUUGACCAGCUGAACAAGAUACUCUGUGAAUAUGGCAGGAUUGGAGAAGUCUUCAAUGCAACAAGAGCUGACCUCAUCACACCUGCAGAUGUAGGAGGUUCCAUUGACUACGUGAUGCUCCGCAUUUGGGAGCCCAAAACAAGGUUCCGCGCUGCCAGACAUCAAAUGAGCAAGAUGGAGCAGCCAGAUUUGAUUGAGGUUGUGCGGAUUGGCCUGGGCGACUUGCGAGCUGACGAGCGAUUGUGGCCAUACUCAGGCCCUACUCUGAGACUGCGCCUUACCAAGAUUCUGUCAAGGCUUGGUCUUCCAAUUAAGGGAGGUGGAAAGCCCCAGGCUCUCUCGCUGGCCAGUCUCAGGCCGGGGGGAGCUACUUGGUUGAUCACACAGACAGAGUCGGCGGAACUAGUACGUCGAAGAGGAAGGUGGGUCAGCUACAAAGUCAUGGAAUGCUAUCUGCAAGAAGUCACGUAUAUGACUUACCUCAACGAGAUUGACCCAGGUGCGAAGAAAUUCAUCCUGCAGGCAUUGAGAGCUUUUCCCUCGCUUCUCAAGGCCAUAAUUAAAUUCAAAAGCUGCAAGAUUCCUGAGAACACGUGGUUCCUACUUUUGAGCAAAAGCCCAGACUAA